UGAAUAUACAGACACUGUUACAUCCUAUAUCAGUUUCUGUGAAGUUGUGUGUUUACCAACAAAAUCAUUUCGCACAUUCAACAACAAGCCGUGGUUCACUGCUAAACUUAAGCAGCUUCGGCAAGCUAAGGAGGAUGCAUAUCAGAGCGGGGACAAGGCCCUGUAUAAUCGAGCUAGAAACCAGCUGUCUAAAGAAAUUAACAUUGCAAAGAGGAACUAUGCAGCAAAGUUGGAAAAACAGUUUACCGCUAACGACUCUAAAUCAGUCUGGCAUGCAUUCCAAUCGCUGAUGAAUUACAAGCGACGAUCCCCCCAAGCUGAGAACAAUAGCACACUAGCCAACGACUUGAAUACCUUCUACUGCAGAUUUGAAAAGGACAGUUUCUUAGGACCUGAAGUGGGCGACCAACAUCAACUCCGUCCUCAAAAAGGCCCAGCAGAGGAUGUACUUCCUGCGGCUUCUGAGAAAGCACGGCCUGGCACCGGAGCUGCUGAGACAGGUCUACACAGCGGUCAUCGAAUCAGUCCUGUGUUCUUCCAUCACAGUCUGGUUUGGUGCUGCUACAAAAAGGACAAACUCCGACUGCAACGGACAAUCAAAACUGCUGAAAGGAUUGUCGUACCCCCCUACCGACCCUUGAGGACUUGCACGCUAUCAGAACUAAGACAAGAGCGUGCAAAAUCCUCUCGGACCCUCCGCAUCCCGGUCACCAGCUCUUCCAGCUCCUUCCCUCAGUCUUCUCUUCCCAAUUCCUGUCACAGAUGUUUGUCUCAUUCUGAGACUGAAGGUCUUCAACAACAGCAGUGAUGCACACUUCAGUGGUCGGCUGCAGAAUGAGUUUGGGUUUACUUUUUAAUGGACUGCUUGUCUCUGUGGUAGCAGCUUUACUUUGGGAAUACUCCAAGUUAAGAGAACAUGCUACUGUGCUCGAGGAAGAGUUGCACAUGACACAGAAGUCCCAAGAUUUGACAAAAGCCCAUAUCGACUAUCAUCUAGCUCUACAGGCUCUACAUGAAGAUGGUACCCGUAUGGUGUGCAGCAGCAAAAUGCACACUGAUCGCAUUUGCAGCUUUGAUUAUCUUUGCUACUGUACAGAGGCAGAUGAGUUUGUAUUCUUCCAUUCAAAUUCCUCCAUUAUGUUGCCAAACUUGGGUUCCAGACGAUUCCAACCUGCUCUGCUUGACAUGUCCUCAGUAGAAGAUCACAAUACCCAGUAUUUCAACUUUUUAGAGCUUCCAACUGCUGCUUUGAAGUUCUUGUCCAAGCCUGUGUUUGUACCAGAUGUUACAUUCAUUUUUAACAGGUUUAAUCCUGACAACUUAAUGCAUGUUUUUCAUGAUGAUCUGCUGCCAGUCUUCUUUACUAUGAAACUGUAUUCAGAUCUUGAUGACAGGGCACGUUUGGUGUUCAUGGAGGGUUGGGGUGAAGGGCCACAUUUUGACCUGUACCGACUUUUAAGCAACAAACAACCACUUCUCAAACAGCAGCUAAGAGACUUGGGAAAGCUAAUUUGUUUUACUAAAUCUUAUGUGGGUGUAUCCAAGAUGACAACUUGGUAUCAAUAUGGUUUUGUUCAGCCGCAAGGGCCCAAGGCUAACAUUUUGGUCUCAGGAAAUGAGAUUCGACAGUUUUCUAAAGCUGUUAUGCUUAAAAUGAACAUCACAAGAAUUGAAGAGGUGGAGAAGGAUGCUGGUAAUGCUGGAGAUGAGAAUAAGAAGGAUGAAUACAUAGUUGUGUUCAGUCGGUUAACAACAAGGCUAAUACUGAAUGAAGCUGAGUUAAUGAUCGCACUGGCUCAGGAGUUCCAGAUGAAAGUCUUUAAAGUUUCCCUGGAGGAACAAUCAUUUCCUAGCAUUGUCCAGGUUAUCAGUGGUGCUUCCAUGCUCGUGAGCAUGCAUGGAGCCCAGCUUAUCACCUCGCUUUUUCUCCCCAGAGGAGCUGUUGUGGUUGAACUUUUUCCCUUUGCUAUAAACCCAGAGCACUAUGUCCCAUACAAAACCCUUGCCAACCUUCCAGGCAUGGAUCUACACUAUUUUUCAUGGAGAAACACCAAGAAGGAGAACACUGUUGGCCAUCCAGACAGACCGUGGGAACAAGGAGGUAUAGCUCACUUAGAAAAGGAAGAGCAAGAGCAAAUAUUGGCAAGCCAGGAAGUCUCAAGGCACCUGUGUUGUCGCAACCCUGAGUGGCUCUUUCGAAUCUACCAAGAUACUCUGAUAGAUAUCCCGUCACUCCUGGUCGUUCUCAGGGAGGGCAUGAAAACUAGGCUAAGCUUCAAGAAGUCCAAACCUGUCAGUAAGAUUCAUCCAGGUAGGGUCAGACAACCCCAGUGUCAAACCUCGGUGCAAGCUACUGACAAGGCACAGCUUACGAUCUCUUGGAAGAUCCCAUGGAAUGUGAAAUACCUGAAAGUGAAAGAGGUUAAGUAUGAGGUUUGGAUUCAAGAACAAGGAGAAAAUACCUACAUGCCUUACAUCCUUCAACAGCAAAACUACACGUUUUCAGAAAAUAUUAAGCCUUUUAUCACCUACAUGGUAUGGGUCAGGUGUAUAUUCAACAACAACCUUCUGGGUCCCUUUGCAGAUGUUCUUGUGUGUAGAACUUGAGGCAGUAUGUUGCUGUACAAUUGUAAUAUUAUAUGUUGUAUUCAUUUUUGUUUUUGUUUUUGACCUUCAAGAUAUAAUCAAGUCAAUGUUUUUAAUUAACAAUUGCCCUGUCACGCAAAGUUGUAACUUAACCGAUUAUGGAGUGGAGUUAAAUUUGAAACAGUUUUGAAAAUAGUAAAUGUGAUUUUUGGUGUGAACAACCCCAAUUCCAAUGAAGUUGGGACAUUGUGUUAAACAAAAAUAAAAACAGAAUACAAUUAUUUGUGUAUUUAAUCAUGUUCAACCUAUAUUUAAUUGAAUACACCACAAAGACAAGAUAUUUAAUGUUCAAACUGAUAAACCUGAUUGUUUUUAGCAAAUAAUCAUUAACUUAGAAUUUUAUGGCUGCAACACAUUCCAAAAAAGCUGGGACAGGUGGCAAAAAAGACUGAGAAAGUUGAGGAAUGCUCAUCAAACACCUGUUUGGAACAUCCCACAGGUGAACAGGCUAAUUGGGAACAGGUGUGUGCCAUGAUUGGGUAUAAAAGGAGGUUCCCUGAAUUGCUCAGUCAUUCACAAGCAAAGAUAGGUCAAGGGUCACCUCUUUGUGAACAAGAGCGUGAGACACUAGUCCUGGCCUGGCCAACCCGCGGCUCGCGAGCCUCAUGCGGCUCUUUAACUAGUUUCAUGCGGCUCUUCAGGAGCUGUCACAUGACGUGUCAAAAAUGCUUGGCUGGCGCUGUCAUUCACUCCCCCUACAGCUAGAUGGCACACUGACCAUGUAAGCCUGUUUGAGUGACGUCAAACGAGCGACGAGAGAAUCUUUGGUGUGACAUCAUUUGUGUUGUAAACAAUUUCCGUCAAGUUACCUCUUGAAAUGGCAGGGAAAAAAAGCACAGCCAAACGAAAAUAUGAAGAAGAACACAGGACGUUUUUGCCAGAGUGGGAGAGUUUAUAUUUUUUUGUUAAACGUAAUGGCAAGCCGAUCUGCCUUAUAUGUCACGCAGCAUUAGCGCAUUUCAAAGCUUCAAAUCUUCAGCGUCACUUCAGCUCACUCCACCCUAACAUCGAACAGGAAUUUCCAAAAGGGACUGAACUUCGCAAGAACAAGUUGGUCGCUUUGAAAAGCAAGGCAGAAAAGCAGGUGCAGUUUUUCAAAAAAUUUACAAAACACUCGAAGACCGUAACGCUUGCAUCAUAUCAGCUGGCUUGGAAGCCAGACUGUUUGAAAGCCCCGCUCGUCACAGAUGAGGCUGCGGCUGAGUUGGAGAUGAUCGACCUUUGUGAGGAGGGUCAACUGAAAGCUGUUUUAAGGGAAGGGACCGUUGAGUUCUGGAAAAGUGUGCCAAUUGAAAAAUACCCCAACAUCAAACGAGCUGCGCUUAAGAUACUGUCCAUGUUUGGGUCAACGUACGCCUGCGAGUCUGUGUUUUCUACCCUGAAACAUGUGAAAUCAAAGCAUCGAUCUGUUCUGACUGACACUCAUUUGAAAGAAUUGCUUAGAGUGGCAACAACAGAAUACAAGCCAGAUUUGAAGCGGAUUGUUCAAGAUAAGGAAUGCCAGAAGUCUCACUAAGCAGCAUAGUAAGAGAAAGAUGUUAUUGAAAAUUAUUCUAUUAUUGUUUGUGGACUUGCUUGAACUGAGAGUUUGUGUGUGUGAGACAGUGCACACAAUGUUAACUGUUGAAAAUUACUGAUAUUAUCAUGUUGGUGUGGUUAUUUUCAUUAGAUCUGGCUGAGCAGAGGUCUGUGUAUGCGUGCAUACAUGAUUAAAAGAUGAUGUUCAUGUGUACCCGUGUAUGUGGCUCUUUGCAGUAACACAGAAAAAAAAGUGGCUCUUAGUCUCUGACUAGUUGGCCACCCCUGCACUAGUCGAACAGUUUAAGGACAAUGUUCCUCAAUGUACAAUGUACAAUGUUCCUCAAUGUACAAUUUCCUCAUCUACUGUCCAUAAUAUCAUCAAAAGGUUCAGAGAAUCUGGAGAAAUCACUGCAUGUAAGCGGCAAGGCCGUAAACCAACAUUGAAUGCCCGUGACCUUCGAUCCCUCAGGCGGCACUGCAUCAAAAACCAACAUCAAUGUGUAAAGGAUAUCACCACAUGGGCUCAGGAACACUUCAGAAAAACAAUGUCAGUAAAUACAGUUCGCCACUACAUCCGUAAGUGCAACUUGAAACUCUACUAUGCAAAGCAAAAGCCAUUUAUCAACAACACCCACAAACGCCGCACCGCUUCUCUGGGCCCGAGCUCAUCUAAGAUGGACUGAUGAAAAGUGGAAAAGUGUUCUGUGGUCCGACGAGUCCACAUUUCAAAUUGUUUUUGGAAAUUGUGGACGUUGUGUCCUCCAGGCCAAAGAGGAAAAGAACCAUCCGGACUGUUAUGGACGCAAAGUUCAAAAGCCAGCAUCUGUGAUGGUAUGGGGCUGUGUUAGUGCCAAUGGCAUGGGUAACUUACACAUCUGUGAAGGCACCAUUAAUGCUGAAAGGUACAUACAGGUUUUGGAGAAACCUAUGCUGCCAUCCAAGCAACGUCUUUUUCAUGGUUAUGCCUACUUAUUUCAGCAAAACAAUGCCAAACCACAUUCUACAGGUUUUACAACAGCGUGGCUUCGAAAUAAAAGCGUGCGGGUACUAGACUGGCCUGCCUGCAGUCCAGACCUGUCUCCCAUUGAAAAUGUGUAGAGCAUUAUGAAGCGUAAAAUGCGACAACGGAGACCCCGGACUGUUGAACAGCUGAAGCUGUACAUCAAGCAAGAAUGGGAAAGAAUUCCACCUACAAAGCUUCAAUAAUUAGUGUCCUCAGUUCCCAAAAGUUGUUAAAAGAAAAGGUGAUGUAACACAGUGGUAAACACGACCCUGCCCCAGUUGCAGCCAUAAAAUUCUAAGUUAAUGAUUAUUUGCUAAAAACAAUAACGUUUAUCAGUUGGAACAUUAAAUAUCGGGUCUUUGUAGUGUAUUCAAUUAAAUAUAGGUUGAACAUGAUUUGCAAAUCAUUGUAUUCUGUUUUUAUUUAUGUUUAACACAACGUCCCAACUUCAUUGGAAUUGGGGUGUGAAAGGUUAUCCACUUUUGUGUUUACUUUUCCUGUUGCCUAAACUAAAUACAUACAGUGAAAUCUUGA